AUGGAUGUCAUUGACAAGUGCUUUUCCAGACCAACAGUUGAAGAUAUCCUAAGUGCCCUUGAGAAGGAGGUUACUACAACAGAUGCAAACAAGGCAGGUGAUGAAUGGCUAGCUUCAACGAUUCAAUUGCUGAAGAAGGCGUCUCCAAUGAGCUUGAAGAUUUGUUUGAGAUCCAUUAGAGAAGGAAGGGUGCAGGCAAUGGAUGAAUGCCUUGCCCGUGAGUACAAAAUAACUUGUCAUGUUAUGAGAGGGCAAAUCAGCAAGGACUUCAGAGAAGGUUGCAGAGCUAUCUUGUGGGACAAGGAUAAGAAACCAAAGUGGAAGCCUUCUAGUUUGGAGCUCAUCGCGGACCAUAUGGUUGACCAAUGCUUCUCUAGGUUGGAUGGUGAUGAAGAAUUAAAGCUCCCUCAAAGAUCCAACUUGCCUGUAUUUGCCAAUGCCAAGCUUUGA